AUGGUGAAUGCACAAGAACUUGAGACACAGAGACUGAGAUUUGGAUUGGAAGCUGAAACCGUCGCAAGAUUAGUUCAAUCGAAUGGUGUGAACAAUCAACCUAGGGCAGUGGACGAGAACAUAGCAGUGAAUGGAAUCAUUCCUCCCCACCGCCAACCAAUAGCUCCAAGGGAUAGAGCACAACAUCCACCUCACAUGAUGUAUGAGGAGGAUGUCUUAGACUUGGAUGGAGCUGGAGCCACGGGAGCGAUAGUGUUACCUGCACUACCUCCAGGUGUAAAAUUCACAAUCACCAGCACUAUGAUUCAACUGCUGAAUCUGAAAGGUAUGUUCAGGGGUGCAGCUGGUGAUGAUGUUAAUCCACAUUUGAUUAAUUUUGUGGCGAUUUGCAAAUCGCAAGAGAUUCCUGGAGUAAGCAAAAUAGCGAUAAGGUUGAGGUUGUUUCCUUUGUCUCUUACUGUAGAGGCAACCAACUGGUUGAAUGAGAUGUCGGUUGACUCAAACAGGACUUGGACUGAGUUGAACGAGGCUUUUAUAGAGCGAUUCUUUUCGAAAUCAAAGGAACUGCUGUGUGGGGGAUCAUUUAUGAAGAAACCAUUUUCAGAGAGCAUGCAACUAUUGGACAAAGUGUCAACGAAUAACAGGGCAUGGUACACCAGGGAUGCAGAAGUAGGAGAUCUAUCAGCUGAACAAAGGAAGCGAGAAGAAGAAAGAGAUCAGGAUAUGGCACACAUGAGGACCCAGAUAGAUCUACUCACGAAGCAUAUUGUCUCCAAGUCUGAAAAGGUAAAUGUGGUGAGCCAACCAAACAGGUUUGAAGAUCAGGACAUUGAUCUAGAUGAGGAGGCAAAUUACCUGGGAAACCAAGGAAGUUUCCAGAAUUAUAACUUGGGCAACCAGGGUUACAAUUCUGGAAAUGCAGAUCGGAACUUCUCAAGGGAAGGAUAUGUAUAUGUGCCCCCAGGUAAUAGAGACUGGGAAAGUGGUAGUUCCAACGGGUCUAAGCUGGAAGACAUGUUUGCCAAGGUGCUCCAAAAGGUUGAAUCAACUGAUGCAGGGUUAAAGGAGAUGAAAGGUGAAUUCUCCAGUAUGAGUCAGCUGGUAGACUCUCACACCACCUCCAUCAAGCAGAUCGAGCAGCAGUUGGGGCAACUUUCAGCCUCAUUAAAUCAGAGUAAAAAUGGGUCACUACUAAGUGACACAAUCAAAAAUCCCAAAAAGGACGGACAUUGCAUGGCUUUCGCCACCAGAAGUGGUAAGAUCCUUAUUGACCCUAUUUCUGCAACAAAUCCCAAGACCACCUCUUUUUUCCCUCAAAGGCUUAAAAAGAAAGUCGAAGAUGGGAAGUUUGCAAAGUUCAUCACCAUGCUGCGACAGCUUGUUAUUGCUACUAGGUCUAUGGUACUGAAGAAGGAGGAUCCGGGUGCAUUUACCAUACUGUACAGUAUCAGAUCAAUUGAAUUUGCAAAGGCCUUAUGUGAUCUAGGGGCCAGUAUCAACUUGAUGCCGCUGACCAUCUAUAAGCAACUGGGGCUAGGAGUUCCAAAACCCACAGCCAUGAGGUUGAUGAUGGCAGAUAGGUCAGUGAAGUGA